AUGUCUAGAGCUAAAAAGGUUGCAAAUAAGGGUGCAUCUUCCUCACGAAGUGCACCUCAAUCUGUGGUUACUGAGCCCAGUCUGACAUCACUGUUAACUGUUCAACAACUUCAGCCAACUGUUACAGAUGUAAAGGAUCUAUUGAGAAAGGGGGAAAACGUCGGCUACUUAACGGAUGCUUAUGUUUACGAUAUCUUGAAACAAGUUGGUUUUGAUACUACCAAGCUUAAGGGUUUCAAAACAAUGGAAGAAAUUGAUGAAGCUCUUUCAAAAGGAAGUGCAAAUGGUGCUGCUGUUGUUGAUGAAACCCCCAACAUGAAGCUUUUUGUUGCAAAGUUUUGUUCCAAGUAUACUAUGAUAGGGCCUAUCUUUGAAACUGCUGGGUUUGCCUUUGUGUUUCCAAAACAUUCCCCUCUUCUGCCGGAUGUUUCACAGGCGGUGCUAAACGUGACUGAAGGAGAGGAGAUCCUGAACAUUGAAAACAAAUGGUUCAAGAAAGGGGACAAUUGUGAGGAUAACCCUACCCAAAAACUUUCCAACAAGAGUCUUGGCCUUGAUAGCUUUUGGGGGCUAUUCCUCAUUUCUGGGGUGGCUUCAAUACUAACCUUGAAUUGCUAA